AUGCUGCAGCUAGGGCAGUCCCCAUGGGGCAGUCCCCGUGGCUGGGAGGGAGGAAGAGGGGUCUCAGUGACCCCCAUCCUGGGACCUGGCCAAAUGGAGGCUACACAGUUGCCUCGGGCUCGGUCCCCCCAUCCUGGGCCUCAGGAAGAGCCAGCUCCAACACCAGCCUUGCAGGACCUGCGCUGCGUCCUAGGGCUCUGGACGCUGCUGGCCCUGCCAGGGGCCCUGGGCUCGGGCCGCAGCGCCGAGGACAGCCCGGGCUCCAGCUCCUCGGUCACCGUGGUCCUGCUGCUGCUGCUGCUUCUGCUGCUGGCCACUGGCCUGGCGCUGGCCUGGCGCCGCCUGAGCCGGGACUCGGGGGGCUACUACCACCCGGCCCGCCUGGGCGCCGCGCUGUGGGGCCGCACUCGCCGCCUGCUCUGGGCCAGCCCGCCAGGCCGCUGGCUCCGGGCUGAGCUGGGGUCGCCAGAAGAAGACCCGGAGCGGCAGGAGGAUGAGCGGGACGUGGAAGAUGACUGCGACCUGGGUGGUGGCCAAGAGGAGCGUGAAUCCCAGGAAGAGGGGCAGCGUGGAGAGGGGCCCAGCCCACAGCAGGCCCCGGAGCCGGCCGAGGAAGCCUAUGACGAUGACACCGAAGGGGGCCUGGGCCUCGGCUCCCAGGGGCCGGUGGGCUCCGGGGGCAGCGCCGAGGCCCUGCUGAGUGAGCUGCACGCCUUUGCUGGCAGCGCGGCCUGGGACGAUAGCACUAGGGCAGCUGGGAGCCGGGGCCUCCAUGUCACCGCACUGUAGGAGCCAGCCCUGGCGCCACAUCCUGGUCACUGUGCCUCUGCUUCCCGAGCUGCCACGGCUGGACACAGCCUGCCCUGGGUGCAUGUGACCCACACCCCCGCUUGGAGAGCCUCAGACAGUCACUCCCCGCAACGAGUUCUAGUCCCCAAGUCUGUGUAUCCCUGGCCCCUCCAGGAAGGCCAUCCGUCCCCAGGGGGCACUGGGCAGCCAUCUGAAAUAAAACCC